AUGCUCCCCCCAGCAACCACAAUCGCCAACCUUGAUGAAUCUCACCCGAUCAGUCUACCCCCUCGAGUUGGAGCUGCGCGGAAGGAAUGGCGUCGACUUGUCAUGUCAGUGGACCCGCAUAUGGCGCAGCUAGCAUGCAUGGACCCGGGGAGUGUGUUGGGGGUGCUCAAUAUCGUCGCUCGAAUGAUCUCCGGCGUCUUGCAAAGUGAAAACACUAAACAGAUCCGGCGCAUUAGUGCCUGGACCUGGGGCCUGCUGGGGAAAUGUCCUGAACUCGGGGAAAUGAGAACUGAAGAUGUGGGCGAAGUGCGAGAUCUCGGGAAGAGAGCCGUGACGAUCUCUCGGAAAAUGCGCGAGGCAGCCCACAACCUUGAUGUGGAGGAAGACGCCCCGGACUCGGAUGAUGAGGGUGAAAUAGAUUGGGACGGAGCACCAUCGUCCGUCAACUCAGAGUCAGAUCAGGAGCAAGAACCGGAAGCGGGCAUCGCUGACGGAGAUAUGAAAGAUGCACAAGACACGCCUAUGCCUGACACUACAGGAUCGGACGUGCUGGAAGCAGCAAAGGCACAACUACAGGCCCAAUACCUGGACACGGCAGAGGAAGCCUCAGCGUCGGACGAUUUUGAAUCCAUCCAGAAACAAACCUUUGUCCUACUUGACAUGAUCAUCACCAUUGUGGGAGAAUUCUUUGGCCAACGGGACCUUCUCGUCGAACGCGAAGUAUGGAGCAGCUAG